AGGUCUGCCAUCUCCCUGCUCAAGGGGUACAGAGCCUUCAUCUCCCCCCUCCUCCAGCCAGUGUGUCGCUUCAUCCCUUCCUGCUCUGUGUACUCCAUAGAAGCCUACGAGACCUACGGCGCCUCGAAGGGGACCAUCCUCAUGGUCUGGCGCAUCCUGCGCUGCACUCCGUGGGGAGGUUCUGGCCUUGACCCGGUCCAAUGGCCUCCCCCGGGUCUGGAAAGAUUUUUUCGCUGA